UUGAUAACGAGGGACCAGGGUGUGACGAUAAGAGGGAAGGAGAUGAAAACUGGGGAUUUAUGGUGGAUUUAUAGGGAGUUUAUAGGGGCUUUAUAGACUUUUUUUAUAGGACACCGCGCACAGGAGAAGAGGGAGAUGAGUUGAUAGAAAGGGUGGGACUUGAUUUAUCUCAACAAUUAUGCAAACUAGGGUCGAACUCCGGAUGGAAAUUUAUUUCAUAGACCGCGGAGCAUUUAUUAAGGAAAUGUCCAUUGCCGACUAUCCGUCGGGGUGACUUUAAUGCAAUCCUAUUACCCUCCGUUCCAUCCGUGAAUUUUUCUUUUUCUAAUCUCACCUUAAGGUGAUACGAAAGUGUCAUACAUACCAAAAAGUCCAGAUAUUAAUAAAAUUUUUCUCCAAAUUGGGGGUGUGCCAUAUCAUUCGAGGCUUUGUCAGGAGAUUAUGGAGGCCCUAAGGAAGAACCCGCUCGUGAAAUUUCAUUUUUUUAUUGUACGAGACAAGUGGGAGAAUUUUUUUUAUUGAUGAAAAUUGAAGUUUCACGUGCAGCGCCUGGCCCUCUGUAAUCACGUGUUAAACCCUCGGAUGAUUCGGUGCAUCCAGUUUGGGGAAAAGUUUUAUAAAGAUUUAAACUUUUUCUUACGUAUAUGUAAGACUUUCAUGUCACUUUAGUCAAUUCUGCAAUUUAAUAUUUAUUAUAGAUCGGAACUCUGUAAGAGGAGGUACCGCGGGUCGCGGAAGAGCGCGGGCGCGCCCUCCUACCGAGUCCCAUCCGCGGUCCCGCCUUACCAGCGGUGCGUGCCAGUCGAACGGCGACGCCGCGGCAGACCCAGCGAGGAAGAGUGGAGCCCUGGAGAAGACCGGCGUCGUCGACCGGGACCGGAAGAAAAUCCAGAAAUCGGCACCUCCCCGAUAAACCUAGCCCCCAAAGCGCCCGAUCGGGACCAGAAGUCCAAGAGUACCUCAGAGAGCCGGAGGAUAAAUCUCGAUCCUGGGAUCAAUCCAGGAGAAACUAUCUCCACACCCUAAGAUAAUUCCAGGACAAUUAUCCGUUUUAACCGGCGGGAUACCAGGGGUACUAGUUUUUCAUCUCUGAUCGAAGGAUCAGCGAAGAACUGAAGGUUUUGCUUCGAAGAGGCGUCGAGGUCGCCGAGGCGGAUUUAUUUGUUUUCGAUCUUCGUAAACAUUGAUCCGAGGGAGGGGAAGGAUCGACAGAGGGAACUGGGCUCCUUGGUUGGUUACUCGCAGAAGCGAGUUCGCAGUGACCGAGUGAGGUGUGCGCGAAUUACGAACUGUUCAGAGUUCCAUCAACGAGGGACCAUGGCGGCGGCGGUCUCGCUGAGGGCCUUCUUCUUGCCGAGCUUCCUGACGGUCGUUUUGGUCUGCGUCGGUACCUCGUACGGUCUCAGCUGUUUCAAGUGCGGCCAGUACAACGACGGCGUCGGCAGCAUAACCCCCUGCAUCAAUUACACCGCGCACAUGCACCUGAAGGAGUGUCCGCCCUCGGCCGAGUGGUGCAUCAAAUACGUCAGCGAGGGCUCCACAGUGCGUGACUGCGUUCCAUCGUGUGUGGAGAAAGAUUCCUGGAGCACGAGGACGUACUGCUGCAAGCAGGACGGCUGCAACUCCGGACCAGAUCUCUCGGCAUCUUCCGGUAGCCUCUGGUCUCUUGCACUGACCCUGGUCCUCCUGGGCUUAGGACGUCGUGGCUAAUACUUCGAAAAGCUUCCCCCGAGCCCCGAAUCGUGCGAGGCCCGUCUUCUUCAGGGCGCGAUCCUGGAGAGAGGGCUCUUCGGCUCGGGCCACCUCGAGGAACGGCGAUCAUCCCGGACAUCCGUAGUGCAAGACAGAGAGGAGCGUCGAGUGCCCAGGGCCUCGUCGAGGCUGCAUUCUAAAAGAGAUAAACAUUAGCGAGAAUUAUUGCAAGUAGUCUUUCAGGAGAGGAAAGGGAGGCUGCGCGAGGAGCGAGAGGGAGACGAGAGAAGGACCUCGAAGAGCCCCAACAAUCGACCUCGGAGGUCCUUAAGACCCGAAACAUAAAAUGAUAACGAGUAACGGACAAUUUUUCCAGACACUUUCAAGGCGAGAUUAUUCCCUGAUUGUGCAAGAUUUCCCGAUGAAAAAUUGCCCGGUCUUGUCAAUUGUUUCAGGAGAAGAUAACCCGGCCAUGGAAUGAUGUUGCAAAGGAUUGCCUUAUCACGGAGUAAUUAUUCAGAUGUUGCUUGAUUAUGCAGUUAGACGAAAAAAAAAAAAGAAAGAAAGAAUCCAGGGAAGGUGCGUCUCGUCUCUGUCUUCGCUCGCGCUGUCCCCUGUUCUUCUGUCCUCUUCUCCCCUCAUGUUUCCCCCUUUUUCACAAAAGUGGUUUGCCUCGUUUCCGUCGAACCUCCGUAAGCGGAAACUCGCUGUAAAUACGUAUAAGGGACUGUUUCGAAUUUGGCUGCGGCGCUCCUAGCGGGGAAAACCAGAAGCUAACGGCUCGAAGAAGCGGAAGAAGUAGGGAAAACGUAAAAGACAGACUUCAAUGGCACGUAAGAAUGGGUUAUAAACGGGAAAGGAGAACGAUCGGUCGCGUUGCUCGAUCUUGCAGGGGGGACGAGAGGAAGAGCGAGCAAGGAUGGAAAAUAAAUUAAAUAAUAACUAGCACACGAGAGGGAAGCGAGUCACCUCGAAGACUCUCGCGAAGAGUUCCACACAUCGACGCGCCCAUUGGCUAAGGCCUUGCGACGUAUUUUUAACAGUAAACUUAACAUGUCGAGAGUACCGACGUACAGAUAAUACUAAAGACGAAGAUUACACCUAUUAUUAUUACUACUAUUAAUACAUCAUUAUUACUACCGCUAACGACUUAGUCACGGAUUCUAACGACCGAGGGACGCGCGGAUCGCCCCGAGCCGCUCGGGAUAAAAAAUAUUCCCCGUUCCCGGAAACCGACGGAAAUAAUUUCUUCGCCCGAUCGAACACUUUUCCUGAUGGCAACAAUGGUCAGAAAAAAUAUGGGAACUCUGUAUAAUUUUUUUCCCCGGUUGAAAAGCAAAGAGAAUCGCGCCUCCGCGCGCGGCUUCAGUUUUCCGGUGGAAUCGUAUCGAUGGAUCGGUCGGGAAAUAUUUUUUUGUUUUUCCGGGCGAAAUGGAAAACACUUCCAUCUGCCAGUCACGUUUCGAUCCGGUGGUGCAAUUUAUAAUAUUCGCGAGGGAUAUUUAUUUGAAUAUUAUAAAUAUUCCCACCGGACGCGGGGCUGGCCUCGGGUACGUCUCCUCGCGAAGAAAAUCGCUUGAUUAGGGUGAUAACGUUAUUUAAUAAAGAAAUAUAUUAUAUACAUAGGCAGAACCAGUCGCAGGUAUGUAUUUACGGUUGUUGCGUGAAGAGAUAUAAAUUACGUUGCGUGUAAAUGCGUGGACGCGUUGAAUUUUGGGACCUGAAGGGUCGCACACGAAUGAGGGACUUUCAAGUCGAAAUAGCUUGAGCCUAGGGCAAAGAAAAUGGCGGAUAAUUAUGAGAAGCUGUCGGAUAAAUCGGAAAUAAGUGGCUGGAGCUAAUUUGUCCUGGAAACGGCAGAGACAGGAUGGAAAAUGCCGAUUAGGCAUUAAGAGUCGGUUUAGGACGAGCCACGAUUGACACUAUCCAAUAACUUCGGGACUAGAUCGAGUAUUCUCCACUUAUGAGUAGUCGCGAAAGCCUUAGACCAUUAUUGGCUCCUUUAUUCGUUUUCCGACACGCCGUCGAGAGUCGUUAACAAAGAGCGAGGACUCUGGUCCCCCCCAAAAAUAGAGAAGAGUCAAGCCAAGCCGCGAAAAUUCGAGAAAAAUGGACCGAUUAAUUUUCAUCUUACUGCAGAAAAUUCCCAAAUAAUUGUCGAUCGAUUGUUUAUCAACGAGGGAAUUUUCCGGUUAGGUGAAAAGUGCAAUUGCACGUUUUCCUGCAGAUUCUCGGGGCCCUUUCCUUCCGGCGACUUUCGGUUCUCCGGAUUCACUUUCGAUGGAAGGACCUGGCGACCAUCCCAGGACCUCACCUCGUCCUUCCAACCCGAAUCUCCGAGAUUUCCUGUAAAAAGGAUCUUCGAUCCAUUCAUCGAGACGCGAUGGCCGAGGACUAAUCAUACAGGACUCAGAGGGUUGACAAGGGUUCCGCCAUAUUGGAAACAAAAGCCGACCGGUGUAAGGAAGAUGAAUAAUUACAGGAAAAAAAAAUAAUAAUUAAGCUUCCUGCGAGCGGAGACAAAUCAAGUAUCAGUAAAACCCGAGACACUCGUCCUGGGACUCAGAAAAAAAAAUGAAUAAGACAGAGAGGCACUGAUAUCUGAAACAAAAGAGAGAAUUAUUAGUCCAUCGGUUCGGCUUAAAUUAAAGGAAGGAAAUUCGGGAAGAAGGCGUGCCUGAGAGUCCUGAAAGUCCUGAGCAUCGUAAUCGGGAAUUGCGAGGUCCAUCGCGACUCCUGCCUCUCUUUUAGCUCUCUUUCUCUCUCUCUCUCCUUUUUCUACGGAAUAAAACAAGUAAAGUUAAUUAAAAUCACCGAGGGACUGCCAAAGCGUCGGUACCACCUUGGCCAAGAAGGUGGGAGGGAAGUUCUCCAGGGGAAGUAAUACCGGAUAUAUUCUCACUUAAUCACGCUUCUUAGGGGAUUAUCCUUGCCAGAGUUAUCCUCUCUCAUAGGACCUGAUUAUCCUUAGGGUAGGAAGAAAGCCGCCCCAAGAGCCGCGUCCUCGUCGAUGGUCCUCGUCGAUUUUCAAUUUCAAAAAUCGAGGCCCCCUUCCGGAAGUCCUCUCGACUCGUCCUCGUCCUCGAAGGACCUCUUCAGAAAUCGACCCCGUCGUCUACAAGGACUCGGCUCGGGGGCGAUGGUUUUAAUAUCGACCCUCUCGCCCGUAUAUUAAAUCCGCUGAAUAUAUUAUUAAUUAUAACAUAGAGAAAUGGGGUGCGAGGUUCUUAGCCAUGUAAGCUGAUCAUGUCCGACGAGUUGUACAUUUAUAA